AUGAGUAUGCUGACGCAGCGGCAGUGUUUGGAGGCGCUGCAGAUUGUUGCGGAGGACCUCGCAGGUGGCCCAGAAGCGCUUGCAGAAGAGCACUUCUGGGAGACCUUCGUGCGCGACUACCCCUCCAUUCUGCAGCGGACGCAGGGCCGGUUCAACACCACGGACGUGGACUUCCCGGGAUUCAAGUCGGUCGCGUCCCAGCUGGAAAGCAGCCGUGGCGAGUUCGCCUUCCUGACUGAGAAGCGCGUGUGCAAGAUCGCCGGCCUCGACGGCACCACGGAGGCCCGGCACUUCGGAGAGAUCGCCCGCCUGCAUCGCGCCUUCACGGGCGCCGCGCCCGCCGCUGCCAAUCUAGCCAUCAUUCUGCCGUUUCUUGCCUCGGAGACGGUCUCCAGCUCGGCGCUGGAGAUGAUUCCAGGGCGAGUGCUUCGUGUUGACGUGGUGCUCAACGAGGUGCAGAUGGUGAUUUUCAAUGUUCGUAACCGCGGCUUGUCCAAGCAGGAGGUUACCAUGGCCUGUGAGCAGAUCAAGGACGCCAACCGCCAGGCUCGGGACAACCCUUUCUCGUUCUUCGUCGCUGUCCUGGGGGACUUCAAUUUUAGUAUCGAUGCGGUGCUGAUUUUUCACAGGCCUGAGACUUCAAGGGUCCAGGCCACUCAUGAUCACAGAGUUCACGCGCCGGUAUGGUCUAAGACGCUCGGGGCCAUGAUGGAGGUCUGCUCGGACUCCCCCUCCCACUUCUGCAAGCACACCAACUCUGUGAGCCGUACUGGCCGCUUCUUCUGCUCGGCGGCUGGCUGGGAGGUAUGUCAGCUGACGGUCUCGGCGGGGACGAUCGAUUCGCCCGAGAGCUUGAACGGCAAGGUGGUGUCGGACCGCGCCGCGGUCACGGUUGCGCUGCGCCAGCGUGCAGCACGGCCGCCGCAAGAACGUCCUAUCCCGAAGCUCAUCUUCCAGAGCCCCUUCUUCGAGAGGCGACUUCAGGGUAUGCUGCAGGACGGCGAUGGUGAGCUUCUCUCGUGGAGCCCGCUUGUUUCGAGCGAGCACUAUGAGGAGAUGAUGAAGGAGACGGCGGGGGAGACUCGGGACGUGCUCUUCUUCCAGGCUUACCUGGAUCGAUUUCUGAAGUUUGGGAAGGAUCUCCAGGUAGACGUCCCGUUGGUCCCGCUCUUCAUGCAAGUAACCAAGCGGGCUAAGUACUCGACGCCUGGUAUCGUGAUCGUGUUCGAGUGCUGGGUCUUCGGGAUACGGAUCACUCAUGGAUGUGGCCUCGUUGGGUCCCUGUAUGCACUUGCCUCUGCACCGAUGCUCCAGGACUUUGAAGAGAACUUGGAGAUGGCGGGGAAAGGUGCGGCUAGCAGUGUCAAUUCUUCUCUGCGCCGUACACGCGUUCAAUCGGCUCUAAACUACGUGGCCCAGUUUGUCCCGAUGCCACCAGAUUUCCUCGCGCACGAGAGGGGCGUCGCCUCGCAGGUCUUGCGGCGCCCGCUCGGCAUGCUUAGCAAUGAAUCAAUCCCCGAGCUCCAGUGUUGGGGCGGGCCACGGUUGCCCCCGUGGGCAGUGCGCGCCUCUGCUGCCCUGCUUCGAGCCGCUGCCGUCACCUUCCGCGACUUCUCGACCUACCUCGACCUGAUGAGGGCCAGGGCCCUCGAUUGUCGCGCGGCGACUCGAAUGGUGUACCAGCGCGGUGUCCUGAAUGUGGUGUACCAGCUAGGUGUCCUGCACGUGGUGUGCCAGCUGGGUGUCCUGCAAGUGGUGUACAAGCUGGGUGUCCUGCAAGUGAUGUACCAGCUGGGUGUCCCGCCACCGGUGCGCCAGCUGGGUAUCCUGCAAGUGGCGUGCCAGCAGGGUGUCCUGCACGUGGUGUACCAGCUGGGUGUCCUGCCACUGGUGUACUAG